UGCUGGGUCCACAGUGUGUCAUGGGUCCCUGUACCGCCUCCCAUUGCUCCCCACUCUGCCAUGUGCCACUUUCAGGUCUCCUCACACUCCUGCUGGUUUCCAUUUUGUCAUAGGUUGCUGGCAGAUUACAGGCCUCCCAUAGGUGCUGCCAGGCCCCAAAUCUGCCAUGGGCCCCCGUACCGCCUCGUCACGCUGCUGCUGGGUCCACAGUGUGUCAUGGGUCCCUGUACCGCCUCCCAUUGCUCCCACUCUGCCAUGUGCCACUUUCAGGUCUCCUCACACUCCUGCUGGUUUCCAUUUUGUCAUAGGGUGCUGUAUGGCCUCCCAUUGCUGCUGCCUCCACCGCCACACUGUGGCUCCAAACACUGGUUUUGGCCCCGUGACUGGCCAAAUGAGUGAAGUGUGCGGUGAUUCUAAGAUCGACGGCACUCAUCUGCAUGUCAUACUGACUGACAGUAUUAUUUCUCUUCCCCAGCAGACUCCAAGGGCAUUUAAAUUAAAGGUACAGUGUUCUGCACUAAUAUAA